AUGGGAGAGCUCCCUUUCUUCAGGGCGCACACGGCCUUGCACCCGGACCACCUGUGGAUCUGGGAAAAGGCCGUGUAUGUGGACGAGAACCAGCGCACCUGGCUGCCCGUAACCAUCGAGUUAGAAAGUAGCCUCCAAGUCCUCAUGCGUCAGGAAGAUGUCCCCCUGGGGGAGCCUGUGUGCCCCAGCCAGCUGGGCCCGUACCUGCUGCCGGUCAUGUGGCAGCUCUACCCCGGAAGAAGGUACCGAGGCUCAGACUCCAGCUUCUGGCGCAUAGUGUACCACAUCGAGGCAAGUGUGCUUCUCCGGGGACCCGUCAGGGCAUCGUGGGUGGCCCUGCUCCCCUUCCCCCAUGUCUGGCCUCUGUGGUCUAUCUGUUCCCUCCAUUUCUGUACCAGAAGCUAAAACAAUGGAGGGACUUUACAAAUGCAGAUUUUUAAAGGACCAGAUUGGAGAGACAUUAGAAGCAAAUGACCAACCACCCUCGGGGGUCUCCAGCGGAAGCCCCUGGGUGGCAGGAGCCUCUGUGGCGGGCAGUCCCAGGGUGAAGGCUGGUGGGAGGAGGGGCCCCUGGGGUCCCCCCCAUGCAAGUUCCCGCCUGCCACUCCAAGCCCAGGGGCCGGGAGGGGAAGGAGAAUCCCGGACUCUGGCCUCCAGCUCCUUCUCUCUCACAGUUUGGCGACACGGAGGACAUGCUCCUGGAGCAGAUGGCAGACCCAGAGUAUGAGUGACGAGGUGAGCCCCCGGGGCCAGGUCAAGGAGAGGGAACGCCCCUCCUGCCCUCCGUGAAGGCAGAACUGACCCCCACCCCCCAACUGCGCUGCCCUGCGACGGUCCCCAGGGUGGGGGAUCCAGGCUCUC